CCCCCUGUAUAUUCCUUAAUAUUUUCAGGAAUUAAUAUCACACGAGCAAUUUAUCAACGAAAACGUAUUACAUUUAAUUGUCACUUCGGUGACAAAUAUGGACACGAAAUCAGAAAAAUAUAAAGCAAAUAUUCAAAACGUCAAAAUGGCAAUCAAAUUACUUGAAGUUUUCGUCAUGUUUCAUGAAAAAAUAAGCUUCUAUACUACGAACUAUGAUUACAAAAAUGUUGAACGUUAUUACGAAAAAUAUGGAUCAUUAACAAUUUUGUAUGAUGUCAUAGCAAAAAAAAAAUACGAUUAUUCGGCGAAGGAAUUUCAAAUAGAAAAUUGUUUUAUCGCCUAUAAAUGGUUAAUGGAAUUAUAUGGAAUAAUAAUUAGCCCUGAUGAUACAAAAACUUUAAAGGACAUGAAUAAAAAUAUACAGAAAUUGAUGGAGUAUGAAAAAGAAUAUCUUAAACGUGAAUAUUUUAAAGAGGAUCAACAUUAUAUGUUUUUACAAGUUAAAGAAAUAAGCAGAGGUUUAUUAAAGUUAGAUAAUUGGGAAAACUCUAUUAGGCCUGGUGAUUGGAGUUUGGGAAAGUCAAAAUUUACAUGCCUAUCAUUUACGAACAAGAACGAUAUGUUGAGAUUAAUUGAGAAGCUAAACAGUUGUUCAACAUGGCGAUAUGUUAAUAGGAUUGAAUUUCUCAUCAUACGAUAUAGAUUUCAUCGGAAAUUUACAAAGAAUUAUAAUGAAAUGUACACUAGUCUAAUAGAUGCAGUUUCCGAACCAGUCAUUACUUCUCAGGACCGUUUGAGAAAUUUAGAAGCACAUGAACUAUUUUCUAUGUUUUUGAUGGAGUGUAAUAAAAUUGCAAUUAAAAAU